CAAAAAUAAAUGAAAUCUUUAAAUAUAUAUAUUCCUUUGUAAAGAAAGUGAAGCAUCUAACUUUUCUUUCUACCUGAACCCUCUGAAAUGCAAAAGGUCUUUCCUUAAGAAUCCGUUCCCCUUGUAACAGGACACCGUUGGAAACAUUGGUCAUUUUACCAAGGCUUUGACUGGAAUGUCAUAUUUGAGAGAGACAUGCAUAGCCUCAGAUAUGACCAAACAGCUUUCAGGAAGGUUGAUUUUGUGAAACCUGGAGCCAUAAAGCCCCUUGGAAAUGUUGGCCUGAGACCUUGUUCAGCGCUCCCAGCAGCCGCACCAGUGAAAAUCGCCACCAAGGCCAAUCCACUGGGUGAGAAUUCACUGAAGCCUGAGUGUCUGCGGGCCCAGCUGGAGACAUCCCUGAGGCGGCUGCAGUGCCCCCGAGUGGACAUCUUCUACCUGCAUCUACCAGACCAUGACACCCCUGUGGAGGAGACGCUCAGUGCCUGCCACCAGCUGCACCAGGAGGUGGCCGAGAUCUGUACCCUCUGCAGGAGCAACGGCUGGAUCCUGCCCACCGUGUACCAGGGCAUGUACAACGCUACCACGCGGAACGUGGAGACGGAGCUCUUCCCCUGCCUCAGGCACUUCGGACUCCGGUUCUAUGCCUACAACCCUUCGGCUGGGGGCCUGCUGACCGGCAGGUACAGGUACGAGGACGAGGACGAGGACGAGGACGAGGACGGGAAACAGCUCGUGUAUCGCUUCUUCGGGAAGAACUGGGCUGAGAUCUACGGGAAUCGCUUCUGGAAGGAGCACCACUUCGAGGCCAUUGCCCUGGUGGAGAAGGCCCUGCAGGCUGCGUACAGCGGCAGCACCCCCAGCAUGACCUUGGCUGCCCUCCGCUGGAUGUACCACCACUCCCAGCUGCAGGGUGCCCACGGGGAUGCGGUCAUCCUGGGCAUGUCCAGUGUGCAGCACCUGGCACAGAACUCGGUGGCGACCAAGGAAGGGCCACGGCAGCCGGCCGUGGUGCAGGCCUUCAAUUGGGCCUGGCAGCUGGUCGCCCACGAAUGUCCCAACUACUUCCGCUAG